CAGGAGGGGCUAGAGGGAGGAGCCAGGAGGGGCUAUAGGGAGGAGCCAUACUUCCCCAGUCGGGGCACAAGCAUCUCUGGGAGGAACGCAGUGGCCGAGUUUCAGUGGGGACCUCGCUGCUGAUCGUCGCUCCUCGUCACGAUGGCAACUCUCGCUAUUUGUGCAGAGUUUGACCCCGCAGCUGAUGCUGAGAAAUUACGCGGGGCAAUGAAGGGGUUUGGCACGGACGAGACGGCCAUCGUGGAGGUGGCUACCCACCGGAGCAACGUGCAGCGGCAGGAGAUUGUCACCCAGUUCAAGGCCAUGUACGGCAAGGAGCUGCUGAAGGAUCUCAAGUCGGAGCUGACGGGCAGUCUGGAGCGCCUCAUUGUCGCCCUCUUCCUCCCCCCGCCCGUCUUCCUCGUCAAGCAGCUCAAGAAGGCCAUGAAGGGCUUGGGCACGGACGAGAAGUGUCUGAUCGAGACGCUCGCCACCAGGAGCAACGUGGAGAUCCAGCAGCUGUGCCAGGCCUACGAGGAGGUGGUGGGGCGGUCUCUGGAAGAUGACAUCGUUGCGGAGACGGCCGGAUACUUCAAGAGAGUGCUCGUGUCCCUGCUUACGGGAAACCGGGAUGAGAGCCCCUACGUGGAUGAGCAAGUGGUGAUGGAGGACGCACAGGCUCUGUUCGAGGCUGGUGAGGAGUCCCUGGGAACCGACGAGUCCACGUUUCUCUCCGUGCUCUGUUCCCGCAGCUACCCUCACCUCCGCAGAGUGUUUGAGACGUACACGGAGCUCGCGGGGAAAGACAUCGAGGAGAGCAUCAAGGGGGAGACGUCGGGCAGCUUCGAAGACGCCCUCCUCGCCAUCGUGAGGUGCAUUCGCAACAAGCCCGCGUAUUUUGCCAGGCGCCUGAACAAGGCCCUCACGGGGUUGUCUCUGGACGACGUGACGCUGACCCGCAUCGUGGUGUCGCGCUGCGAGCUCGACCUCCUGGACAUCCGCUCGGAGUUCCUCCACCAGACCGGAGUCUCUCUGCACUCCGCCAUCACGGACGCCGCGUCAGGUGACUACAAGCGCGCCCUGCUGGAGCUGUGCGGGAGUGACGACGCUGGGGCCGAGCAGCUCGCCUCCCAGCUGCCCUGGUGACGCGCUGGGACAGCCACACAGCCCCUACAGCCGCACAACCGCACAGACAGAGAACCGCACAACCGCCACAUCCGCACCCCCCCCAGAGCCACACACCCGCACACCCACCUGUUUGUCUCACAGACAGCCUCACAGAUGACAACUGCUGUCAAACUGUCUGUCCUACAGCCAGUGUGUGUCGCAGACGACUUGUUUCAUCGGACUGUCUCGCACUCUCACAACCAGUGCGUCUGCUGCAGUUAUUCUUAUCUGACAAACACGUCUGUCAGCCUGACCGUCGAUCAGUUGUACUGCCUCACAGCCAGUGUGCGUCACAGGCCGCCUGUCCGUUGGCUUCGCAGCCAGUCUGUCUGAUAGAGCGGCUGACGAAUAUGCAGUCUGCCUGUCUCACGGACUGGUUCGUCAGACAGUCUGCCAGACAGCGUGGUGGUGGUGUGUGUGGUGUGUACGUGACGUAUUAAGCAAUAGAUUGUGGCCAGGAUGGUACUCAUCGGUGAGUCCACUCACAAAUCAGCGCGUCCCAUGAAUCGUCAUCUCACUACCCGUAGACUCAACACUACCCUUAGACUCAACUCUACCCAUAGACUCAACUCUACCCAUAGACUCAACACUACCCAUAGACUCAACACUGCCCAUAGACUCAGCACUGCCCAUAGACUCAACACUACCCAUAGACUCAACACUGCCCAUAGACUCAACUCUACCCAUAGACUCAACACUUCCCAUAGACUCAACACUGCCCAUAGACUCAACACUACCCAUAGACUCAACACUGCCCAUAGACUCAACUCUACCCAUAGACUCAACACUGCCCAUAGACUAAAACUGCCCAUAGACUCAACACUGCCCAUAGACUCAACACUACCCAUAGACUCAACACUGCCCAUAGACUCAACUCUCCCCAUAGACUCAACACUACCCGCAUAGUAACGCGAACGUACAUUGCUAUGCAAACGUUAUGCAAAUGGUUUGAAAAUGAGAUGCUAAUGUCCCCAUUAGCCUAACGGAGACGACGCAUUGCUUUGAGAUCGUUCCCCGUAACCAUGGCGACUAAUUGGAUGGCUGCUGAUUGCCAAGAUGCCCACUUGCUGGUGGAGGCGGCUGGUACUACAGAGCUUUACGCACCCCGCGGCUUGCCUUGAUGAUGAGUUGGUAAUAAACCUCGCUUGUUAA